UGACUUAAAACUUUUUUUUCUUCUUAUUCUUUAAAGCUCUCUAAUAGGGAUUAUUAUAAUUCUGAUGUCAAUCCAUCAAAAUAAGCAUGGAGAAAAGGUUAACAUGGAGGUAUCAAAGCUAAAUUUUAUUAAAGAUGGAGCCAUUAGAUUACCACCCGGGUUCAGGUUCCAACCAACGGAUCAAGAGAUCGUGUUUCAGUAUCUGAUCCGUAAAGUUUUCUCAUGUUCUCUUCCCGCUGCAAUCGUUCCUGAAAUCAUCAACAUUUGCAAGUUGAAUCCUUGGGACUUGCCUGGGGAUUGGGAGCAAGACAGGUACUUUUUCAGCAAGAAUGAAGCUAAGUAUGGCCAUGGAUCAACUAGACCAAGCGGUGACGGGUAUUGGAAAGAAACUGGUUUCGACAAACAGAUCACAAGGUGCUGUAAUAACAAUUUGAUCACUAGAAAGAAAGAGAUCAUUAUGGGGAUGAAGAAAACACUUGUUUUCUACAAAGGCAAGCCUGUGAACCCGGGAUCAACCACGAGGACUUGUUGGAUUAUGCACGAAUAUCGCCUUGUUCAUUCCACUUACUCGCCAAAGAUGAGCUCCAAUGAUAAGAGAACUUGGAUGCAAUUGGGAAACUGGGUUCUAUGUCACAUAUUCUUGAACAAAAGAAGUAGUAAAGCAAGAGUUGCAGAUGAGAAGCUGGUAUCAAGUGGUUUAACUCCACAGACAGAGCUUCUGCAUCAUGAUUUUACAAUGAGAAAUGAUGAUCAGAUGAAUGUCCUACAUGAACCGCCAUCAUCUUCGUCGGUGUCAUCAUCUUCAUCGUCUUGUGGCUCUAGUGACGUGACUCAAGAAAUUUCUUCAAGUAGAAAGUUGUUGCAUCAUGAAGUUAAGUAAUUUUUUUUUGUGCCAAUCACCGUGACACUAGGUACAGUGGUCAAGGUCGACUACUCGACGCCGCCAGCCCCUUGGUUUUUUUUUUUUUUUUUUUUUUUGUAUUCAAAUAUGGUAUUCUGUGCUUCGCAAGAUUAGUAUUGUAAUAAUAUUCGCUUGGAAUAUUUAGGGUAUUAAAUGAAAUGUAUUUUGUUUCUAGUAAAUUAAUUUAAUUUAAUUUCAUGA